AAGCUUCAGGUGUUGUAAGAUCACGAAGUCUUGAUUCUCCGUUAAAUAUUAUUUUAAUUAGAUUUUAUCCUUAUGAUGUAAUUCAAGAGUUACAUUUACCUGAAUUUGAAGAUAAAGACAUAAUACUUGCUACUGGAAAUUUUCACAUUGUUGAAAAUAUAGAUCAAGAUAAUAAAAAAUUUCCAAUCUUAAAA